CGCGCCGCCGCCGUUAGGCUGUUGGCGCUGCGGGGAAAAUGGCGUCGCUGCUGCCGCGCAUUGAGCGGCUCUCCUCGCGGGUGGUGCGCGUGCUGGGCUGUAACCCGGGCCCCAUGACCCUGCAGGGGACCAACACCUACCUGGUGGGGACCGGGCCCAGAAGGAUCCUUAUUGACACGGGAGAGCCAGCUAUCCCUGAAUAUAUUGGCUGUUUAAAACAGGCACUGACUGAGUUCAACAUCUCAAUCCAGGAAAUUUUAGUGACACACUGGCACCAUGAUCAUACUGGAGGCAUAUCUGAUAUUUGUAGGAACAUCCACAAUGAUUCUGAAUAUUGCAUAAGUAAGCUUCCACGCACUCCUCAUCGUGAGGAAAUAAUAGAAGGAGAAAAGCUAAAGUAUUCAUAUCUGAAAGAUGGAGAUGUGUUAAAAACUGAGGGAGCCACUCUCAGAGUUUUAUAUACACCUGGGCACACUGAUGAUCAUAUGGCUUUACAUCUAGUGGAAGAAAAUGCCAUAUUUUCUGGUGACUGUAUUCUAGGAGAAGGGACAGCAGUAUUUGAAGACUUGUAUGACUACAUGAAAUCACUGGAAAUGCUGUUGCAAAUGCAAGCUGACUUAAUGUACCCUGGACAUGGCCCAGUAGUACAUGAUGCAUGUGCUAAAAUUCAAGGAUACAUUUCUCACCGAAAUGCACGUGAACAACAAAUCCUAAAUGUUUUGCAGGAGAAUGCUGGAAAAUCAUUUACAUCAAUGGAGCUUAUAAAGAUUGUAUACAAGGAAAUUCCUGAAAAUUUACUUAAAGCAGCAGAAAAUAACCUUACCCUUCACUUAAGGAAGUUAGAAAAAGAAGGAAAAGUGUUAAAUGAAAAAUCUCCCAACUUCAGGUGGAAAAGCAGUUUGUAAGUGUUGCAAGAAACAGAAACAAGAUUAAGAGUACUCUCAAAUACCUACACACAACCUCUUUAUAUAAAUACAUGAACUUGUAUAUGGAGAACAUUGGAUGGACAAUUAGAGGAAUCCAAAAGCACUCCGCUGUUACGUAAAAUCAGAACAACAAUUUUGUUAAGAAAAAAAAUUACAUAAUUCUGCUGUCUUAAAUAAAUUUUAUGUAAUCUUAUUGUUACAAAGUACUCAGAUAACCAAUGAUUGUCAUAUUCUGUCUGAUGGGAAUUGAAAAAACUUGUGUAUUCAGUUAGUCAAAUGAAGUUACUGUGAACAGCUGUAUGUUGUCUUUUUUGUAAAAUUUUUGACUUUCUGCCAGUGACAGAAAACAGCUAGUAAAGGUACUACUAUAGUAUAAAGUAAUUGAUGACAACUGUAGUGCAAAAACUGAUUGUGAAGGUGGCAGAGUGACUUUCUCGAUGACCUAUUUUCACUGGUUCAUACUAGUGCAAAAAUGACUUUAUUUGGGAUUUGUGAGUGCUCAACCCUUUAUUAAGAUAUCUAAGUAUUGAUUUUUGGAGCCUAAUUUUAGACACCCAAAGUUGAAAUUUUUGGCCCCUAUGUGGGCUGUUGCUACUUAAUCUAGAAAGAUUCAAUGCAAGAGCUAAGUGAGCAAAAAAGUAGUUUCAGCUUUUUGUAGUCUCUGAGGAAAAACCUUUCCUAGCAGAUUCAGUGUAAGGAGCUACUAUUAAUUUUAACUAUUCAUGCCAGUUAAGACAAAUGUUUAAUAAAAUAAAAUCAUAGCAAAAAUAAUGCAAACAAAACUUUAUAUGUGCAAAUGAAACAAUGUCAGAUUAUACAAUCACAUGAUUUUUAAAAAUACUAUACAGAUAAUUAUUAGAGAUGUAUUGAACACUAAGCAGUUGAAGUCCCAGGUGUUUGCCAGUUUUAAAUAUUGAUUUAUAAAUUCUGCCCUCAGUUACCCAUCAACGUCAUAUAAAUUACAAAGGUGGAACAAGGCAAAAUUUGACUCUAAGACUCUAUAUACUGUCUGUGAUUUAAAAAUACAGUAGAAUGUUUUAAUUGACGAUAAUGUUGGACCUUAAUUUCAGUUUUCUGUGUAUCUUAAACUUUUGAAGUAACUGAACUUGUAAAUAUUUGCACUACUGUGUGUAUUCAAAAAGUACAUAAUGUCUGUAUGGUUUAAAUGUACCUUCUAAUCCUGGCACAAAUCUUGUUUUGAAAUCACUUAAUAUGGAAUACGGAUACAUUUAUCUUUCAUGCCUACGUCCUUGGAAAAUCCUUUACAGACUUUUAAAAUUGUUCAACCCUAUAUUUUCAUAUGUGGCAUGUG